AUGUCAGACCCUGGCAGCGAGAAGGCCCAGGUCUUCCAUGACCCCAACGCAUCCAGCGCCGAGGUGUUGGGCGACGAUGAUAAGAACCACCUCCACUUGCACAAUACCCUUGCCUUCAAGGGCGACGACUCUGAUGGAAGCGUCGUCUGGACCCCAAAAUCGAUUAUUGCUGCAAUUUCGCUUGGAGCACUUUAUUCAGGUUCUCAAGUCAAUCUGUACUUCGUUGGUGGAGCGUUGAGCUACAUCGAGGCAGACCUUGGAGCCACGGCCAAUGGGGUCUGGCUUCCAGUCAGUAACACCUUGGCCAUUACCGCCGUGUCUCCAUUCGUAGGCUAUCUGCAAGAUCUUCUCGGUCGUCGCGAGAUUACUUUGGUGGGCUUGGUCAUAGUCAUGAUAGGCCUUGCUCUUGUUGGGACCGCUCAUUCAUUCGGACAAGCUAUAGCUGGCAUGUCCCUGUCUGGAGCAGGUGCGGGCAUUUGCGAAUUGACGUCUCUUGCUGGCAUUUCCGAUAUCGUUCCCGUGAGACAACGAGGCCUAUCCCUGGCUUUUGUGACGGCUUUCCUAAUGCCAUUUACUCCUUACGUACUGUACUCUCAGCUCCUAUCCACACAUGCGACAUGGAGAUGGACAAUGUGGGUGACAAUGAUUUGGAACGGAUUCGUACUCGUCGGUCUUACCUUUUCGUAUUUCCCAAAAGAUCACCCUCGCAUGGAAGGAGUUUCGAAACGCGAAAUUCUGAAGCAGAUUGACUACGUCGGAGCUGUCCUGUCUGUUGUUGGAAUCACUCUCCUCCUUGUUGCUUUACAAGGAGGCGGAUACACCCAUCCAUGGAAGAGUGCCUAUAUUCUCGUUCAACUCAUCCUGGGCAUUCUACUCAUUGCAGCCUGGAUCAUCUGGGAGUGGAAAUUCGCAAAGAACCCAAUGAUUCCACGAGAACUCUUCGCAGGCCAGAAAAUUGUGGGGGUGGCAUUCUUCGUCGCCUUUGUCGCGGGACUCAACUUCUACUCUCUCAUCAAUUUCUUCCCUCUCACAUUUUCUUCUGUUUACACUCCCGACCCAGUCCAGAUUGGACUCAAAGGCCUGGGCUACGGUAUCUCAGUAACGGCCGGAGCAGUAUUCUUUAACUCUCUACUUUCCGUUAAGGCCAUUCCCGCCAGCGCCUCAUUAGCCAUCUCAGCUAUACUCAUGACUGCAUUUGGCGGUGCUCUAUCCGCAACUACUCCUGAAAACCCCAAGUUCACCGUGGCCAUGGGAACCAUCGCCGGAUUCGGUGUCGGAGGCCUCCUUGUCCCAGCUGCAACAGUUGCUAUGAUUGUCGUGCCAGACUCGCUGCUAGCGACCACAGCCGCGCUCUCUCUGUCUAUCCGUACCCUUGGCGGCUCGAUUGGCUACACUAUCUACUACAACAUCUUCGUCCACAAGCUCACAGGAAUCCUCCCAACAACGGUUGCCGAAUAUGCAGUUAAAGCUGGUUUGGCACCAGAAGAUGCCAAGGUGUUCGUGGGAACGCUUCUCACUGCGCCAGCCAACAUUACGACUGUGCCUGGAUUCACUCCCGACAUCCUACAGGCGGCCGAGGUUGGAGUCAGGUGGGCUUAUUCAGGCGCGUUGAAGUAUGUUUGGUAUGCCAGUAUUCCAUUUGGCAUCGUGACAAUCAUUGCAGCUGCCUUCCUGCCUUCUAUUAAGAAGUACCAGACCAACCGAGUUGCUGUUUCUCUGUAA